GCACGCAGGCGCGGCCAUGGCGCACGGUCCCGGUCGCUGCUGCUGCUGCAGCGGGGAGGCGGCGGCGGGCGGCGGGGAGCGGGGCGCGGCCUGGGGGCUCUACCUGCGUAUCGACAGGCAGCGGCUGCAGUGCCUCAACGAGCGCCGCGAGGGGAGCGGAGCCCUCGUUUUCCGCGCUUGGGAGGAGCGCGGCGACCGCACCCGGUUCGUAGAAAGCGACGAUGAUGAGGAACUUCUGUUUAAUAUCCCGUUUACGGGCAACGUGAAAUUAAAAGGAGUGAUUGUGAUGGGAGAAGAUGAUGGUACGCAUCCAGCAGAGAUGAGACUGUUCAGGAACAUUCCUCACAUGUCCUUUGAUGACACAGCCAGGGAACCGGACCAGACGUUCAGCCUGAACCAGGAUCCGAGGGGCGAGCUGGAGUACCCCACCAAAAUUGCCCGUUUUUCCAAUGUUUACCACCUCUCCAUCCACUUUCCGAAGAACUUUGGAGCGGAGACAACCAAGAUUUUUUAUAUAGGCCUGAAAGGAGAGUGGACGGAGGCACAUCGCCACGAAGUCACCAUCUGCAAUUACGAAGCGUCGGCAAACCCAGCUGAUCACAAGUUGGAACAAAUCACCCCACAGACUCACUUCAUCUCCUAACAGUGCUGUUGGGGAUCUCGCUGGGAAUGGGCGAGUGUAUGGACAUGGUGGGCUGACUCGGACAGAAGUGGUUUCCUGAAGCACUGGAGAGCGUUGGAUCAGCUUUACGUUUUCGUCUUCACCUUGGAGAGCAGGGCGCCGAGGGCACUGGGGUGUCGGGUGGUGCCGAAAGCAGCCGAGCUGUGCUCGUGAGGGGCCAGCUCAGUCUCGGCGGAUGCGAGCUCAUGUUUGGUGCCGUUACUUCUCUGACUACCAAUAAAACACGCGCCGAGGUGCGGAGCUGCC